GCCUCACGUGAUCUCGCCUAGGGAGAGAAAGCCUGACCCCGUCUCCUGCGCUCACCGGCGUCUCUCCGCAGCUCUCGGUUCCCCCGCGGAGCUUGGCCGCCAUGCGGCUCCCUUCGGCAGCCGGGCCCCGGCCGGGCCGUCCCCGCCGCCUGCCGGCGCUGCUGCUGCUGCCGCUGCUGGGAGGCUGCCUGGGGCUCGUGGGGGCGGCUCGCAGGCCCAACGUGCUGCUGCUGCUCACCGACGACCAGGACGCGGAGCUCGGCGGCAUGACGCCACUGAAGAAAACCAAGGCCCUCAUCGGAGAGAAGGGGAUGACUUUCUCUAGCGCCUAUGUGCCCAGUGCUCUUUGCUGCCCCAGCAGAGCCAGCAUCCUGACUGGAAAGUACCCCCACAACCACCACGUCGUUAACAACACUUUGGAAGGGAACUGCAGUAGCAAGGCCUGGCAGAAGAUCCAGGAGCCGUACACCUUCCCGGCCAUCCUCAAGUCGGUGUGCGGCUAUCAGACCUUUUUUGCUGGGAAGUAUUUAAACGAGUAUGGAGCCCCAGACGCAGGCGGACUGGAGCACAUCCCCCUGGGCUGGAGUUACUGGUAUGCCCUGGAAAAGAAUUCUAAAUACUAUAACUACACCCUCUCCAUCAACGGGAAGGCACGGAAGCACGGCGAGAACUACAGCGUGGACUACCUGACAGAUGUUCUGGCCAACCUCUCCCUGGACUUCCUGGACUACAAGUCCAACUCUGAGCCAUUCUUCAUGAUGAUCUCCACUCCAGCGCCCCACUCACCGUGGACGGCUGCUCCGCAGUACCAGAAGGCUUUCCAGAAUGUCAUCGCACCAAGAAACAAGAACUUCAACAUCCACGGGACGAACAAGCACUGGCUAAUCAGGCAAGCCAAGACUCCCAUGACGAACUCGUCAAUACGGUUCUUAGAUGACGCCUUCAGGAGGAGGUGGCAAACCCUGCUCUCAGUUGACGACCUUGUGGAGAAACUGGUGAAGAGACUGGACUCGACCGGAGAGCUGGACAACACGUAUAUCUUCUAUACCUCAGACAACGGCUACCACACAGGGCAGUUCUCUUUGCCAAUAGACAAACGGCAGCUGUAUGAGUUUGAUAUCAAAGUUCCACUGUUGGUUCGAGGGCCCGGCAUCAAACCAAACCAGACCAGCAAGAUGCUGGUCUCAAACAUCGACUUGGGUCCCACCAUCCUGGACCUCGCUGGCUAUGACCUGAACAAGACACAGAUGGAUGGGAUGUCCCUGCUGCCCAUUCUGAAAGGAGACAGAAACUUAACCUGGAGGUCAGACGUGCUGGUGGAAUAUCAAGGAGAAGGCCGGAAUGUCACCGACCCGACCUGCCCUUCUUUGAGUCCUGGAGUGUCUCAAUGUUUCCCGGACUGUGUGUGUGAAGACGCGUACAACAAUACCUACGCCUGCGUGCGGACACUGUCAUCAUUGUGGAACCUCCAGUACUGCGAGUUCGACGACCAGGAGGUAUUUGUCGAAGUCUACAAUAUCACUGCAGAUCCAGACCAGAUCACCAACAUUGCCAAGAGUAUAGACCCUGAGCUUUUGGGAAAGAUGAACUAUCGUCUGAUGAUGCUGCAGUCCUGUUCUGGGCCGACCUGUCGCACUCCAGGGGUCUUUGACCCUGGGUACAGGUUUGACCUGCGUCUCAUGUUCAACAGUCACGGCAGCGUCAGAACGAGAAGGUUCUCGAAGCAUCCGCUCUAGCAGCCUCUGCGUUGGAUCCUUGCACAGCCUUUUCCGGUGCCGUGGUUGGAGUGGGAGCCCACGCCUCGGGAGCUCUGGCCUUGCUCUUUCAAGUCUUGUUUGAAAAAUAAUCCAGUCAGCUGACUUCCAGUACUGUGAAUCCGCCCCUGUCAGAAGUGGCUGACCCUGUUUCUCCUCAGAUGACAACCACCACUCCUGAGGUCUUUGUCCUCUCCUUGUCCCUUCAUCUUGGCUGGGCACAGUAUAUGAGUCCCCACGUGGUCGAGUCUGGAUCUGUAAAACUCUUCUGAUAAUGGCAAUACUUUAGGGCAGAGAUAAAACCUUUUGGUAUUUUAGCUAGCCCCCAAAUCAAAAGCACUGUAUAGCAUUUCACACCGAGCCCCUCACCAAAACUCACACAGUUGCGAGAAGAGCUGCUGUCUGUGGACACGUAGAGAAAGGACAUUCAUGACAUCCCUGUGGUGUGGUUAAUGUGCGACGUGUCGCCCAAGCUCUGCCCUAAGAAGCUUCUUAGUGACUCCAGCCACCUGAGAGCGCCCAGGAGCACCAGGGGGGGCCAGAUGCGCUUCCUGAGCUCUUGGAUCAGUGCGCUGAAGGGCCGCACUUACAAGUGCCUGUCUGGAGGGUUCUCAAGUGUCAGCGCCACACAAGUCAUCCUGCCUGGCUGCAGUUAGCUGUCAUUGUCAUUGAAAAUCUUAGUGUCUCCUGGUGGAGGGGAAGGACCGGCUGCCUCACCCCACUCCCUGAUCUCACAAAAGUGCGAGUUUCCAGUCCUGACUAACUAGGGCUCCAGUCAGUAUUCCCCUGGCCGGCUUCCCAGAUGCCCUGGACGGCACUCUGUUCCUUAAAGUCCAGUUCCACCCUGACGUCCACAGAGGCAGCACGGAGUGGCGAAACUCGGUUCCAGCCUGUCGUCGGCAGUGAGCGGGUUUAGCUUUACACAGCCUCUGCCCAGCUUUAACUUGUAAGACAGCUAUGAGUCACUUUGAGAAUUCCAGAGGCCAUGUUGGGGGGACAGCCAUUGAGUUUAUUCCUUUACCUCAUGUGACCCCAGCAACUUUGGUGAUACUGAGAGGCCAGCAGGCAGUAGAGUGGACACCUCGGCCGUGGCCACUUUAGAGGGGGAAAAGUUUAAGUUUUAAACUAAAAGUUACAGAAUUGAAUGUGGAUACCGGCUUCAUUCACCCCCACUUGGAUUCUAAACAUGACCAGUGAAAUAGUGAAAGCUGACCACAGUUGUUCCCAAAUAAAGGUCGGCAGCUCCUACCAGGUCUGGGAUUGAGAUGUUAGAGUCUUCAGUUUUAUAGCCGGCUCCUGAAAGCAGGCGACAUCAGAGUGGUAACAGUCAGUAGGCUGCAGUAGGUGUCCUACCUCGAGGCCCUCAGAUGGAGGUAACACAUUAGGAUUGUGGGACACAAGAUCCUCUCUGAACCUCCUGGUUAAGGAACGUUCCUGCAAACAUUCAAGUAGACCUUCUAUAACAGACUGCAGCGUGCAUGGCCUCUACCCACAAGAGAUGCACUGCAGGAGGCCGGCCCUGUUCUCUGUACUCAGCAUUUUGACAUCUCCUUUGAAGGCCAGGUAUAUGUGUACCAGUGCUCUUCAAAGGGAGAACCAUUAAAACCAACAUGGAAUGCAGGGACUUCGCCUUAUAAGAUUUCCAGUUUUAAAACUGCCCCUCAGAUACAAUUUCAAAGUAGGGUACACAUUAGAGUGUCUUUGAGUUCAACAAGUUGGUACUGUUGCAAACACCUUCUGAAUUGCCAGCGCCCGGGUUUUUAUGUAAAAAUAGAGUGGCUAUGGAAGUUACACCUUCAUCUGUGGGAAGUAUUCUCAAACGUAGGGGUAUCUUUAUCUUAUGUUUUCUAAUGGAAGAUGGCAGCCCAGAAUCCUCAAGACAAAGCAAGGGGUAUCAGCUGAUGGCCGCGGGACUGAUGGGUGUCCUGGGUUCUUUAGCUCACCAGCACUUUGCGCUCAAUGGACUUUGUAAAUUCUCAUCAGCUGUUGUAGAAGUUCCUCUGCCUGGAGCUGUCAUCUCAGCCGCUCCCUUAGAAAGUGCCCUUCAACGGACCCUGUUCACUGCUGCACUUCUCAAUGAAUUAAAACUGACUUCUGUUCUAGUGGCAAU